AAGGGGCUCCGGGGGCAGGAAUGUGGGGAGAGGCUGGCAGCCUCCCGCUCACUCCGGCCCACUACCUUCCUUCGCAGCCAUGUCCUACCCAGUGACCAGCCAGCCCCAGUGUGCCAGCAGCUGCUACCAGACCCAGCUCAGUGACUGGCACACCGGACUCACAGACUGCUGCAACGACAUGCCUGUCUGUCUGUGCGGCACUUUCGCCCCUCUGUGCCUCGCCUGCCGCAUCUCGGACGACUUCGGGGAGUGCUGCUGCGCGCCCUACCUGCCCGGAGGCCUGCACUCCCUGCGCACCGGCAUGCGGGAGCGCUACCACAUCCAGGGCUCUGUCGGGCACGACUGGGCGGCCCUCACCUUUUGUUUGCCCUGCGCCCUCUGUCAGAUGGCGCGGGAAUUGAAGAUCCGGGAGUAA